AUUAUCCGCACACCAGAUUAGGCUCUGUUCACACACUGCACAGUACCGCGCAGCCCCUAACAAUAGAACUAAAUGAUACUGGUGACAAGAAGAAAAGCGCGCGUCAGUGCAUCUUGACCACAACCACAUACCCUAAAUAAUAUUUCGGGAUACCCACGCACUGCCGUCCCCGCACCAAUCACACUCUGCUGUGCGCUACCUAAUUGGCUACUGCGAGGUCACAUGAUAUUGUGGAUGGGCGUGGCCGAACGUGACCUAUGGGCAGCGGCUGUCGCAUCCCGCUCCCGGCUUGUAGUGAUGUCGGUGUAUGAGUGCGCCGUGUGCCGCCGGACGGUGUUCUCAGGCAGAAGGAAACAUGUCUACGAGAAGGGACACCAGCAGCGGCUGGCGGAAGUGCUCCGUGUCUUCAGUGAGAAGGUGACGUAUAGACAGGAAACGGCGGCUACAGCCCUCUGUGAUGAGGACGCUUCACAACUUCCGGUGGAAGCUGCCCGGAAAAUGAUUAAAGGUGCCAAAGUCCUAAAGUUUGACCCUCAGGAGCAUGACCAGAAGUUCUGGUGUCACUGCUGUGAAGAAGAAGUACAAAAACACACAAAUGAUGGCAACUUGACUGUUCUGUUUGGAGGAAUGCUGGAGCACAUGUACAGACCAGAACACAUUAAGGCAGUAAACAAAUACUGGUGGACACAUCAUGGGGAGGUAAAGUUGAAGGCUCGGUUUGUUCUCACUCAGGAUGAAUAUGAGCGGUUCAAGUCCUCUGUCACCAAAGCAUUGGAUAGCUAUGAGGAGACAGAGAACAUUCUUGUAAAGCAGAUUGCAAGUCAGAUACGGGAAGCUGAACAGGCCAGGAUGGAGAUGUUGAAGGCAGUACAAGAGCCUGAAACGCAGCUUAAUGGUGGGGAGGAUGACACCUGGAGCAACGGUGAACAGGGCCCUUGCAGCAUAACAUCAAUUGCUGACUUUGACAAACCGGGUCCCAGCAACCAGUACCUUUUUCCAAAUGAAGCGGUCAUGGCAGACGCUACUUCUCUCACGUUUAUUGGACAGCAGGUGUUGUCUAAUAAAGGGAAUGUUCACACAGGUGCCCUUCCACCCUGGAUGUUACCUGAUGAAGAAGAGUCUGGAAAUGCACAGGAUAUUGGACCAUCGAUGGAGGGCUUUUUAAAACACAAGGAGAAGAUGACUUUGAAGAAGCUUCCUCCAAAUAGAGUGGGGGCAAAUUUUGAUCACAAUGCCUCAACUGAUGAGGGCUGGCUUCCAUCCUUUGGCAGAGUCUGGAACAGUGGAAGAAGAUGGCAGUCACGACACCAGUACAGAAAUGAAGCAGGAGAAAAAGGUGCAAAAAGAAAAAGGACAAGGACUGAACAUUCAUAAUCUGCUGCAUGGUGUCCAUGUUAUGCUCCCCACUACAAUCAUUGUUUCAGUUUUUCUUCUCAGUCAUAGAAGCAGAACAAUCAAAGUGAUGGCAUCGGAUCUAUACAUGCUCUAAAUCAAUGGCACCAUUGAAUUUAAUGGGAUCUGUUGGGUUUCUGCAAUGAUCACCUGGAUUUAAUCAUACAAAAAAGCUUCAUGUUGCACACAGCAUACAAAGCAGGUGCUACUAACAGAACCUUUAACGCUGAUGUGAAUGAAGCCUUAAAUCUGUAAAGUUAAUUUUGUUAAUAUUAGUAAUAGUGUAUUUAUGCUGUAAAUACAUAAGUGGACUCUU